AUGGAGACACAAUUAGGUCAGAUUGCUGAUGCUUUGAGUCAAAGAGAACCCGGAAAAUUUCCAAGCCAACCGGUGACACUUCAAAGGAACCAAGAGCAAACCAAAGCGGUCAUAACACUUAGAAGUGGUAAGGUUAUUAAUAAUGGAGUUGGCAAUGAAGUUACUAAUGAAUCUGAUCAUGUGAACGCAGGUCCCACUCAAGAAGAGAAUGAGAAACUGAAUGACGAUCCAAGCAAUGCCACUUCUUCGUUUGAAGCUCCAAAUUUUCACAAGGCUGAAAAACCUCACUCUCCACCCAUUCCAUUUCCUGGAAGACUUGCCAAAAGCAAGCAGGAUAAGUCAUUUAAAGAAAUUUUUGAUAUAUUAAGUAAAGUGAAUGUUAAUUUACCUUUGCUUGAUGUCAUUAGGAAUAUGCCAGAGUACGGGAAAUUUUUCAAGGAGCUAAACACUUAUAAGAGGAAGUAUGGACCUAAUGAGAAGGUGAUGGUGUCUGAAAAUGUGAGUGCUGUGCUUCAAAGAAAGCUCCCACCAAAACUCAAGGAUCUGGGUAGUUUUUCGAUCAAUAUCACCAUUGGAGACAAGCUAGUUGAAAAGGCUAUGCUUGACUUGGGGGCUAGCAUCAAUUUAAUGCCCUAUUCAGUGUAUCUUCAAUUAGGUUUGGGGGGUUUGAAGGCAACAACUAUUUCAUUGCAACUUGCUGAUCGAUCAGUGAAAUAUCCAAGAGGUAUAGUGGAAGAUAUCUUAGUUCAAGUUGACAAACUAAUUUUGCCUGCUGAUUUUGUAGUGUUGGACAUGGAAGAGGCUCCUCUACAUGAUCGUGAGUUACCUAUUUUGCUUGGGAGACCCUUUAUGGCCACGGCAAAGACGAUCAUAGAUGUGCAAAAUGGUCUCCUCACCAUGACUGUGCUAGGAGAAACUGUACAAUUCAAAGUGUUUGAAUCUCUUUCUCACCUUUCUAGUUCAAUUGAUUGUUGUUCGAUUGAUGUGCUUGAUUAA